AUGAUAUUGGAGGUGGGGGGUGUCUCCUGCUUGAGCAGUGGGUUGGACUGGAAGACCUCCGAGGCCCCUUCCAACUCUUGUCUUGAAUUGAAAAAAUAUCACUUUGGUCCUGUUGACGUCUCUUUGUUGAUCCUGAGGUUAAUUGUGUGUCCUGCUCUCUUUCAGCCCAAUUCUUCUGCUCACCUUUCAGUCUGGCCCACCCGAGGGUUUUUCUUCUCGCCUCUUUCUGAGCAACAGCUCCAGAAAGAGGCCGCCGAAGCCUUGAUGGUGUUAAGGAAUGCCCCCCAGUCUAGCCCCAUGCUUUCCCCUUCAGGUCUCCUGCCCCCUGCCAACACCAUCUCUGCCCUCAUGGGGCCCCCCAGUUUCUCCCACCCUAUAGAAGCCAUUCCCAAUCCUGCCCUUCCCAGUGCUUUCCAGCCACAUCCCUCAUACUUCCUGCCUCCCUACGUUCCGCAGGGUAUCAAGGCCUCUAGGGACAUAGCUUUGAAGCGAGCCCACGUACCCCCAGAGUCGGUCAAUGCUCACCCUGAACAAGUUCCAGGGCCCUUCUUCUUUCCACUGUUCCACGGUAGCCCUCAUCCCCAGCAAUACAAAAACGUCCGCCUGUUCUCGGUCGCUCCAUCUCGAGGGGCUCAGGUAGCGACCUCUCUAAUGGUUUCCAGCAUCCAACCGGUCAAACCGAACCUCGGUGCGGCUUCCAGUUACAGCCACUACCAUUUUGCCCCAAACUUGAGAACUUACCACAGCACCUCGGGCUCCGUGCAAAAGACUGUCUGCUUACCCCAAAGCAUGGAGACCGGCUGGAUUUCCGAGACCAGCGUUGAAGUCCUUGCUCCCUCUAGCUCCGCUCCUGGCCACCCGCCGCUGAUGCCUUUCUGUGUCUCGCCCAUGGACGUCUCGGUCACCAUGCCCUUCCAAGCAGGAUCCCCCGUUGGGAUGGAUCUGCACAUGCUCCCACCCAGUUUGUCUCUGCUGAACCCCGGCCCCUGCCUUCUAGCUCAGCCCUCUUUCCCAGACCCCUUACUUCUCCCAGGGCAGCUGUCUCAGCAGUGCCAACCCCAGCAGUUCCAAGAAGGAAGGUGUUCCGGCAAAAGGCUCAAAGAAGAAGAACACGACAAGAGCCAUCAGGUGCCUGGCAGCAAGGAUGAAAAAGAUUCAGCCGAAGCAGGGCCCGAGUGCCUGACAUCUAAACAAGCACCCAGCCAAUCUGCUCAGCAAGUCUCAGAAAACGCCCAGCAGCCAACCCACCUCCACCAAGCCAACGGCUCCCCUUCAGUGUCUUUGAGCAUCGGCCAAAUGGGCUCCAUCUCCCUUCCCAGUUAAGUCUUCUGGUUGGGAGAGAGAGGACAAGGCUGGCAUACACCCAGCUGCAUCUGCAGAAAGCUUUGAGUGGAAGGGGGAGGCUUCCAUUGGUUAAGGCCCCAUUCCAAGCCAGGAGUCUUUGAAAAGGAGAGGUGGCUUCUACACCAGGUUGCAGCCUUGGCAUGUUUUUCAUUCUACCUGCAACUGAAUUAUUGCAAUUGCUGGUCGCUUUUAUUGGCAUAAUGUGCACCAAGUCCAGAUCAUUUAACACGGUCAAUCCAUUUUUAACUAGUUCUGUGCCUGAUGGAAGGCCGAGUUUGUUUUGACUUGAACCAUUGUUAUAUUUUAGACAACAGGAAGUUUACUUUUAGUCAGCAAGUUUGUUUGCAUUCCUUUUUGAAAAGGGUAUUUUCCCAUCGUUUUCUCAAAUCAGAGAUAUGACUGAUAAGCAAAAACAGGUUUAAGACGCGCACUGAGAAUUUGAUCCAUUUACGGGAUCUUGCAUAGUAUCAAUUCAGGAGAAGAGACGUGCGUUGAAUUCAUGAGCCGAAAGUUUGCUGCUAAUAAAA